AUGUCGAAUUCUGCAGAUCAAAAUAUAGAUGAACCCGUAGAUGAACGGGUUCAAGAGGUCCUCGAGGACGGAAAUUUGAGUGAUACCGAGCUACUUGAAGAAUUAGAAAAUGACGACGACGACUCGGUAAUAGCCAACAUACGUGAAAAGAGGAUGGAGCAAUUAAAACAAGAGAUGGCCAAGUUGCAAGAAAUGCGUCAACAUAACCACGGAACUUACGAAGAAAUUCCAAACGAAAAAGAUAUUUUGAAAAUUACAACGUCAACAAAACUUUGCGUUGUUCAUUUCUUUCACAAAGAGUUUCGGAGAUGUCAAAUUAUAGACAAGCAUCUAGCGCCCAUCUCGCAGAAACAUUUCAAGACGAGAUUUGUCAAGAUCAACGUCGAGAAUGCGCCGUUCCUCGUUGAAAAACUGAAAGUACAAGUCUUACCGUGUGUAAUUAGUUUCAUCGAUGGGAUAUCAGUUGACAGAAUUGUUGGUUUUGAAGAGUUGGGAAACACAGAUUCCUUCACUACCGCAGCCCUUGAACUUCGACUGUCAAAAAGUGAUCGUCUGAGGUGUUUCCCAAUAGAAAAAAUACAGCUUCAAUCCAGUUAA